AUGUCCACUUCAUCGCUUGCAUGGGAAAACCUCACAUACGAUCUCCAACCGUGGAUCAAGGAGAUGGUCAAAUCUAUGGGCUUCACGUCCAUGACACCAGUCCAGGCGGCCACCAUCCCGCUCUUUUGCGGCAACAAAGACGUCGUGGUGGAAGCCAUGACUGGGUCUGGUAAAACCAUGGCGUUUGGGAUUCCCGUCUUGGAAAAAGUGUCACGUUACCUCCAACAACCAGGGAGUGAUGGGGUUGUGAAAAAGGGCCACAUGCUUGGAAUCGUGCUUGCGCCUACGCGGGAGUUAGCCAACCAGAUUAAUCAGGUUUUCCAGGGGAUGCUCCAGUUCCAGCCAGCUGACCAUGUUCAGAUCCGUACCCAGUUGCUUGUGGGGUCUUUGGCAUCUGUCAGAGAGGACCUCAACACGUAUGUAUCGGAAAAGCCGCACAUUUUGAUCGCCACUCCGGGCCGGAUGUUGGACUUUUUGUCAUCCAACUUGGUCAGAACCCCAAGCUUGGAGAUUCUCGUGUUGGACGAGGCAGAUAAGCUACUUGAUGUUUCGUUUGAGAUGGAUGUGAGGGCCAUUAUUAGGCAGUUGCCGCGUCAGCGCCGUACGGGCUUGUUCUCCGCGACGCUCUCGUCUGCCGGAGACACGAUUUUCAAAACGGGGAUGACGAAUCCGGUGAGAAUCAGUGUCAAGGCGCAGAAAUCAGGCCAGGCGAUGCCAUCGUCGCUCGGGAUCAGCUACCUCGUAACCAAGCCCGAGCAGAAGCUCCUCAACUUGCUUGUGCUCCUCAACAACUACCACUACAAAAAGGCGAUUGUGUACUUCCCAACAUGUACAGGGGUGACGUAUUUCUACAAUAUGAUCCAAAAUUUGGUGAAAAACAGGGUGCUUGAUGGUGAAGACUUGAAGUUCUUUUCCUUACACGGGAAGCUCCAGGCCAAGCCCAGAAUCAAGACCUUGAAUGCAUUCACGGACGCCUCUGCCUCGGGCGGGAAGUCGAUAUUGAUGACCACGGACGUUGCUGCCAGGGGGAUCGAUAUUCCAGAUGUGGAGCUAGUCAUCCAGAUGGACGCUCCGACGGACCCAGACGUGUUUUUGCACAGAUGUGGGAGAACCGGAAGAGCCAACAAGGUGGGGAAAGCCAUUGUAUUGUUAAACGAGGGCCGCGAAGAGGACUAUCUCUCGUUUAUGGAGGUUCGCCACGUUGAAAUGUCCGAGACCAGCGUAGAUUUGAGCCAGUAUAGCGAGUUUUUCGAGAGAAUCACGGCCCGGGUCAGAAAGUGGAUUUUGGGCGACAGGGCGAGACACGAGUUGGGGGUAAAGUCGUUUGUGGGAUUUGUCAGAUACUACUCCAAGCACCAGGCCUCAUCCAUUUUCAGACUACAGUCUCUUGAUUACUUGGGUUUGGCCAAGAUGUACGGGUUAAUGCGUUUGCCAAAGAUGCCCGAGUCACGUUAUGUUCCCCAGGAGUUGAUGCCGGAAGAAGGUUGGCUAGGCGAGAAGAUUGACAUGGAUGCGUAUGCGUACAAAGAUGUCCAGAAGGAGAAGUCGCGUUUGGACACGCUCGAGACGGAGAAGCAGAGGCGGCUUGAGCAGUCGGCGAAGCGCAAGGAGUUUAAGCAUAAUAACACCGCGUGGAGUGACAAGACGGACACGAAGGAGGGCAAGGCCGUGAGAAGGGAGAAGAUGAAACGGAAGAGAGAGGCGAUCCAGAAGCAAAUUAUGGAGGAGCCGAGUGACGAUGAGGACCAGGUGGUGGACUGGAAGGAUAUGGUGCGGGCCAACAAGAAGAAGAAGAGCGAUUCGGGGAUGCAGGGGUCGUUUGAUGAUUUGUAGAGAGGGUGAGCUUGGCGAAGGCUUAAAGCGAGAGUAGCGAGGCGCAUGAGGA